GAACUUUCAUUUUUGGUGAACUAUCCCUUUAAAGAAAUAGUUUGCUAAAAUGAAAAAUGGUAUGUUACUCACACAAAGCUUUUAGUUGGUUUCAGAAGAUUUGGGAUAUAUGUUUGUAAAUGUGACAUGAGUGUCCAAAUAGUUAAUGGAGCUACUGUAGACCAAUGUUUAAAACAGGAUACAAUAAUCUUUUCUGGUUAUACUAUGACCUAACUUGACUGAACGCGUUCCUGCGCCAACCAAGAUCGCGACGCAACGCAACGAAUAGAACAGAACGCAGCUGUCUCGAGACGCGUUUUAACAGGGGAGUUCUUUAAACUUUACAAGACGUCUAAAAAAAGCAGCGAGACACGGUGCAACUGUCAAAUGCAUGCUUAGAAAAACAAUUAAAACUGCGCAGACGUAAAACGUAAAACGCGUUCGGUGUGAACGGCCGCACCCAUCAAGCUGGAUGAUGUGCUGGCCUGCUGUUGGCAGAUAAACAACAACACUUACUAAGAGUGGACGGAUGUAAAGAGGGAUUUGGAGAGAGUCAGCGCUAAAGCAGAGCAUCCUGGAGGAGGAGGAGGAGGAGGAGGAGGAGUGGCUCUCCAGCGCUCCAAAGCACACUGCGCGUUUUAUUAUAGUGAAUGACGCGUCUCAUUGCGCAUCCUUUCGCGAUCAACUGACAGCGCAUCCAAAAGUGGAAUAACUCAUCUCAAGAACGAAGGAAAGAGAGGAAGUAAAUCUGGCACUACAAAGGUAAUGUAACAGAAGACACUGUGUAUUGACAGACCACAGGAUGCUGGAGAUGAGGAUUGUGGGAUUGUGGAGGACUGGGCGAUACUGUCCACUGCUGGUCGUUCUACUCCAGUCACUGUUGCCUGUAAUAUGGUCCAGUAAUGCUGGAAACCAGAAUAUACCACGACUACAGCUCUCUCAUACAGACCUGCGGUCGAGGAACAGCUCUGCGGUGUUCUGGGAUGGUGGAGUGGGUGGAGCGUUCCAGGCCUUACUGCUGGAUGAAGACCGUGGCUGGCUGCUGGUCGGAGGACGAGACCACAUCUACAUGCUGAACUCUGAAAGCCUCACCCAACCGGCACGCAAGAUUCAUUGGCCAGCUGGACAGGAACACAUUGAACGCUGCAAAUACGCAGGAAAGAAUCUUUCGAUGGACUGCGCCAAUUACGUGAGACUUCUUCAGCCUUUCAAUAAAACUCACGUGUAUGUGUGUGGAACUGGUGCGUUUCACCCGCAAUGCACCUACAUUGACCUGGGACACAAUCUUGAGAACCCCACAUUCCAGCUCUUGAGCCAUGCUGUAGAAUCCGGGAGAGGAAAAUGUCCUUUCAGUCCACAAGAAACUUUCACUGCCCGACUGACAGAUGGCGACCUGUAUGCCGGGACGUCAGUAGACUUCAUGGGAACUAAUAUCGCUAUUUUUCGCACAUCUGUGCACAGCAGCAAUCAACAUUAUAUCCGCACUGAAGCUUACCAGGACCACUGGCUCAAUGAGCCGGAGUUUGUAGGAUCAUAUUCCAUCCCUGACACGCACAGCUUGGAUGAUGACAAGGUCUACUUCUUCUUUAAAGAGACCGCUGUGGAGUCCAACCAGCUCGACAAGCGAAUCUAUAGUCGAGUGGCCCGUGUCUGCAAGAAUGACAUUGGAGGGAAGAGAAGUUUGAUUAAUCGCUGGACCACCUUUCUGAAGGCCAGACUGGUGUGUUCAGUACCAGGCCCUGGAGGCAUGGACACACACUUUGAUGAACUGCAGGACAUUUUUCUCUUGGAGACCAAAGAUCCACAAAAUCCAGUCAUAUACGGCGUCUUUUCCACUUCUAGCUCCGUCUUCAGAGGCUCGGCUGUGUGCGUUUACUCCAUGGCCUCCAUCCGAGCCGCCUUCAAUGGGCCCUUCGCGCAUAAGGAGGGGCCCGAUUAUCGCUGGAUGGAGUACAAGGGGAGGAUUCCUUAUCCACGUCCGGGGACGUGUCCUAGCGAGACCUACGACCCUCUGCACAAGUCCACCCGUGAUUUCCCUGACGAGGUUGUGAGUUUCAUGCGGUCCCAUCAGCUGCUGUGGGAGCCAGUGAUGCCCAUCCACAGACACCCGGUCUUCACCCGCAUCAACGUCCCCUACAGGCUGAAGAAGCUGGUGGUUGACAGAGUUGAUGCAGAAGACGGCCAGUAUGAUGUCUUGCACCUGGGCACAGAUGAUGGCAAGGUAUUAAAGGUGGUCUCUGUGCCUAAAGAGAACUGGGAAACAGAAGAAAUCGUUCUGGAGGAGCUGAAUGUCUUCAAGACUCAAACCCCAGUAUUAAGCAUGGAGCUGUCCACCAAAAGGCAAGUGUUGUUCGUAAGCAGCGAUGAAGGUGUCGUCCAGUUACCUGUACAGAGGUGUGAGCUGUACGGUAAAGCGUGUGUAGACUGCUGUCUAGCUCGAGACCCAUACUGCGCCUGGGACGGCUCCUCCUGUACUAACUACUUCCCCAGCAACAAAAGGCGUGCCCGGAGACAGGAUGUGAGGUAUGGAGACCCCUGGAGCCAGUGUCAGGACAUGAGAGAUGGUUUAGAGCAUGCUGAGCUGACGACGGUAUACGGUGUGGAGGGGAACACAACCUUCCUGGAAUGUGUUCCACGCUCACCACGGGCAACGAUCAAGUGGAUAAUUCAGGCAAAUAAAAGCCAGAGCAGCAAACAGUUGGUACCAGGUGAAGAAAACCUCAUCCACAUGCAACGUGGGCUCCUCCUUCAGCACUUAACAUCCGCUAACGCUGCCCUGUACCUCUGUGUAUCCUACGAACACUCAUUCUCCCGCACAUUAGCCCGCUACAAACUAAACGUCAUCCCACAGAACCACAUACCAAGUGUGCAGAACAUUCGUACCUCAGACUCUGGAGCUGCCGGAAAUUAUGCAGCCUCAUCACGAAGCUACAAAGAACUCCAUCUAAUGGGAAUUAGCAGGCUAACGGUAGACAACUACUGUGAGCAACUUUGGUACCGGGAAAAACGACGACAGCAAAAACUUCGUACACUAAAGUGGAAGCAAGUGCCCGAAAACCAGAAAGCAAGAGUUCGCUGACAAAAUUCACCUUACAAGCCUUUUGAUUGAGGUGAUACAGCAGACUUUUGGAUGUUUAUUGCUAAAUGGCUAAGGUUACCUUUCAACUACAGUAGUUGCAGCUAGCAACAGCUACUGUUAGCAAAACAACAAAGGGCUACAGACAAUAAGAAUUUGUUUUUUCUUUAAACCUCCAUUCAGUAUUCUUAUGUCGUUUAACCAAGUCUUAUUUGUGGCGUCAGAGAUCUUGUUAGCAUUAGCCUGUUUUAGCCAUUAUGAACUCUAUCUUUAAUGUAGUAUAACCAGUUGCUCAGCCUGUAGCUGUGCAGCUGGUAUGAAUUUGUGCAGUGUGGCAUUGGACCAUUAGCUAAGAAAAUUUUGCCUACAUUUUCUGAAAUAUUAUCAAUCUGUUGCUGUUGUUUAUUAGUGCUGCCUUCAAGUCCUCUUUAGUUCCUACUUAAGAGUUUGGAAGUCGUAAUUGUAAUGUGAAUUGCGUUUAAGUUAUUUCGGUCAUAAUAAAAUAGACAUGCUGGGCUAAUUCAUAAUUCUUUGUAUUGCUUUCAGGACUCUGAAAUGUUUGCUUUGAUUUUUCACCUAAUCAACACAUUUAUGUUGAACUUUUGACAACAGCUGGUGUCUCCAUGCUCAGAGGUAGUUUGCCUUGCCACUCACUUAUGCAACCCAGGAUGUACCCUUCAUAUGUUUCCUUCCUCUCCAAGAACAAUCUCUUCUCCUCUUUCCUGAGAACAUCCUUGAAUAAAUAUAUUGUUGCUUUUAUGACUCAUUUGCAUGAAAUACUCUAAAGAAAUGCAAAUGAAACCCAUCUGAAUACAGUUAGCAGCUUUAACUAUGUAGUGUGUACAGUAUGGCUUAUAUAUUCAUGUAUCUGUGCAUCUGGAAAACAUAAGUAGAAAAUAGCUCUCACAGAUCAUACAGCGGGCUUUGUAAGUUAUCUUCAUUGGCCAUGAAAAUGUCUUCCAGAUUUCUCCUGCCUUUAUUCAUGGUUAAAUCUGAAAUUAGUACAUGGUUGGUUGAGAUUGCCAGUUAGAUUUACAAAAGUAAAACAUUUGAUGCAGCAUGUUGUAGUGUAUUGAUUGUUUAACAGAUUUUAUUUUAUUAUUAUUUUUUUUUAUAAGAGUCUCAAUAAAUCAGAAUCCAAAACCUGUCAAAAACAUUUUCGGGUUGUAUUUAACACUAAAAUCAAAAGAACAAAAAAUAAAUAAAUUAAAAAAAAAUUAAAAAAAAUAAAAAGAACUAAGUAGAAAAUUAUAUUUGGCAUACAGAAAACCAAGCCUAUUUUCAGACUUAUUUUAUUUUAAUUUCCCCCAAACUUUCUCAUUGUAAUGCCAAAAAUUAUUAUAUUGUUUCAAUUAUAAUAUAUUUAUACAUCAAGGAUGUAUUUCUUUUGUACUGCAUUUAGUUCAUGGUUAUUUUAAUGUAAAAAUCCUGCAUUACAAUCAAUUGUUUCUGGAAUACAAACAAACAAAAAUACUAUACAACAUUAAUGAGAAACAAAAUCUCACAGCCCUAAAAAGCUUCUUUCACUUUAUAUGCAAAGUAGGAUUUCUAUUUUUUCUUCUUCUGAUUUUGAGGUGAAAUAUGACCCAAACAUGUUUUUGUGUGAUUAUAUGUAUUCAAAAUAUAUUUUAAAAAUACAACUAGUGAAAGUACCAUUUUUUACUGCUUUUACUAAGCACACAAGCAAAUCUUUAAUCUGUGAAAGUACAUUUUAAUUCCUUUUAGAUUUAAUAACUGUAUAUUUUUUAUCAUGUCAACGAAAAGCUUCUUCAAGCUAAGCAGAGAACACACUUUCCUUUUCAUUUGUAGUCAAAGUGCACAAAAUUUACCGAUAUUACUUAUUUAUCUGAGAUUGAACAAUAUGCAUUUAAAGAGACAGCUGUGCAUCACAGUUGGUCAUUCUCAUCUGGUGUUCACUAUCUGGUCUGAAUGCUGAAUUAUGAACAGUACUUGGAUUGUGUAUCAGCAUGCAGCAAACUUUGAAGCCUGCAUUUAUCAUAUACGUCUUUUACAACUCAGCAAUAAUUUAUAAAUGUAUGAUAACAUUCAAGUUUUUAUUUAUGUUUGCCGUAUUGUUCUGCUAACAUUGACAAAUUUGUGAUUACAACUUAAAUGUACAAAAGCUUAACUUUGCUUCUUAAUUUUUAGUGCCUGAGAUUUGUCUGUUUAUUGUAUGUACAGCAUAAUCUUUCAUACUUUUGUGUGUGAAAUAGUAUUAAAGUCAAUAAAGUAUUGAUCAUAUUUA